UUUCGCAUAGUCACUGAACAAAAAGAAUCACGUCCAAUUACAUCGGAAACAGAUCGGCGAAUAAUUUGUAGUUCGUGUAAUUUCUCAAAAACAACCAUGCUUGGAAUGGAAAACUUUCCCGAGUACGAGGUGCCUGGAAUACGCAAGGUGCAAUUUUAUCCCUACGAAUCGAACGGCGGGAGCGUUGUAGCUAUUGCCGGUGAAGAUUUUGCCGUCAUCGGUGCGGAUACUCGUCUGAGUUCCGGUUACUCCAUUCAUACACGCACCCAGAACAAAUUGUUUCGUCUUUCGGACAAUACGGUGCUGGCAUCUACUGGAUGUUGGUGCGAUACGCUCGCACUGACGAGCUUGGUGAAGGUGCGGAUGCAAAUGUACAAAGAUCAGCACCAGAAGAACAUGUCAACUCCGGCCGUUGCCCAGAUGCUGUCCAUUCUGAUGUACAACCGUCGGUUCUUCCCGUACUAUGUGUCGAACGUACUGGCCGGAUUGGACCAGAACGGUAAGGGUGUUGUUUACAGCUACGAUCCAAUCGGACACUGUGAGAUGACAACAUACCGGGCUGGGGGUUCGGCCGGACCGUUGUUGCAACCGGUUUUGGAUAAUCAGAUCGGUCAGAAGAAUAUGCUCAACGUGGAUCCGGAACCGGUCAAAAUGGAGAAAGCCGUCUCAAUCAUUAAGGACACGUUUAUUUCGGCUACGGAGCGAGAUAUCUACACUGGAGACUCCGUUAUCAUCAACAUUAUUACAAAAGACGGUAUCAAGGAAGAAACAUUGCACCUCCGAAAGGAUUAAACAUUUCUGUAUGUGGUCAAUGAUGGGGUUUUCAUUUGUUUUUGGAUUAAUAAACGUAUAAAGUCCAUCUUAAAAAUUAUUUCUUAAUAAAAAAAAUACAACAGCCGAUUGUUUUUAGAUUGGAAGAAGAGAGUAAUGCGCACAAUAUAUUUCAAAA